AUGAGCUCCUACCAGCAGAAGCAGCCCUUUGUCCCUCCCCCUCAGCCACAAGGGGAGCAGGCCAAACAACCCUGCCAGCCUCCCCCUGCUGUGCCUUUUGCUCCCAUCACCAAGGAACCAUGCCACACAGCUGUGCCACAACCUGGAAUCACUAAGAUUCCAGAGCCCUGCCCCACUGCAGUUCUUGAGCCAGGAUGUACCACAGUCACUGCACCAGGAUGCACCGUGGUCCCGGAGCCAGGAUGUACAACUGCGCUUCAGCCAGGACGCAUCACUGUCUCUGCACCAGGUUACACUUCUGGCCCUGAAGCAGGAUGCACCACAGUCUCUCAUCCAGAAAAGGCCAAGGUCACUGAGCCAGGAUACACCAACAUUCCUGAGCCAGGAUAUAGCAAGUUUCCUGAGCCAGAGUACACCAAGGCCCCAGAACUAGGAUACAGCAAGGUUCCUGAACCAGAGUACACCAAGGCCCCAGAACCAGGGUACAGCAAGACACCAGAGCCACACCAAUCUAAGGUUCCAGAGUCAAUCCCCUCAACAGUCACUCCAGUCUCCACUCAACGGAAGACCAAGCAAAAGUAA